GCAGGGUACGCGUACUACUACAACACACGGACCCACGCGUCGCAGUGGGAAGCGCCGGGCACGGACGACAAUGGCCGCGAAGCCUUCUUUAGUGCGGUGACCGCGGGCGAUGUGAACGCGGCGACGCGGCUGCUCUUGCGUCAUGGGCGGCAACUGCUCGACAUAUCGGACCACAACGGCCGCACCGCCGUGUGGUAUGCUCUCGGGCACAUGAGCAUGGCGCAACUUCUCUUUGAGAGUGGUGCGAACUUGAACCGCACGGACGUGGACGCCAAUGGCCUCGUGCACGUCGCAACGCGGCAGCGCAACGUUGCCUUUCUCGCGCUCCUCGCCGUCUACGGCGCGGACUUGGACCUUGUCGAUGGUGCGCAGCAGACGCCGCUGCACAUUGCCGCCGCCUCUGGGUACCAGCGCUGCGUGGACGUGCUACUGCGGCACGGCGCGACGCCCGACGUGCUCGACUCGGCCGCCCGCUCGCCACUGCAGCUAAGCACUUUGGGCAACCACGUGGCCUGCGUCCAGCUGCUUCAGAAAGUGUCGGCGCAGCAAGCGCCGGUGGCCGACAUCGCUCUUCUGACACAGGUGGCUUCCAUGAACCGACGCUGUAUCGUCUUAGCGUUCUUUGCCUUCUUCAACAACGCCGCCAAAGCACGCGUCCAAGACGACAAUCCGUCCAAAGUAUUGGACGCGGUCUAUGACGGUGACCUCGUCACGUUGCAGUCGCUCCUCGUGCACGGCGCGUCACCCGAUCCGCGCAACGACGACGACCAGACGCCGCUGCACGUUGCAAGCGCGUAUGGUCGACUCGAAUGCGUCUCGCUUCUUUGCGAGUACAUGGCCGACAUGGAGGCGCGAGAUGCCCACGGCCACACGCCUUUAUUCCUCGCGAGUCGUCGCGGGCACUUGAGCAUUGUCAAGUUUCUUCUGGAGAGCGCGGCUGACGUACGUACGGCCAACGACGAUGGCCGAACGCUUGUGCACGCUGCGGCGCUCAGCGGCUCCUUGCCCUGCCUCCAUCUCGUGCUCGAGUACGGUGGCGACCCAUUUGCGGCCGAUCGCGACGGCGAAACACCGUACGAGAUGCUGCUCGAGCGAGGCGACGAGUCGGCGGCGCCGUUACUCGACUACUUGGACAGCCAGUGCUCGCUUCGCCAGCCGCCCACAUCGCCCCGUCCAACGUCGCCGACC